GUUAUUGUAUUGGUAAUAAGACAUAUUUCAAUUGAAAUCGCUUACGUUCUUUAAAAAAAUGUCGACAGUCAACACCUCAAAAACUGAGCAAGAGAUUUUAAAACGUCAAAUAAGAUAUUUGACUGAUUUGAUAAAUACCACUGCAGGAUCAUCAAAUCGAGGUGAAAUUGGACCAAACACAUCCAGUAAACUGUUAUGUAAAGAUGGAAAGCAAAGAAGACAUGUCAGCAGUACAGGAAAAGAAUUUGUUAAAGAUUCCUCUAAAUUUUCGUGGAAGAAAACAAACAUUGAUUACAAUGUAGCUCAAAAGAAAACUAUAUCUCAACCAUGUCAGCAUCAAACAAUGGUUCAUAGUUCAUCAGCAACUGGUACACAAGAUUACAAGGAAAUAAAGGGAUCUCUGAAAGAAAUACAGUCAACCCUGAGCUUUCCAUCAACUUCUCAAAAAGCAGCAAAUGAUUCCAUUAUUCAGUCCUCACCAAAAUUGUCUUUAAGAUCUCACAAAUCAGCCAUACACUUAUCUAAUAAAAUUUCAAAGCCUGCUCAAGUCAAAAAUUAUAUGGAAGAAAAUACCAGAUUGAAAAAUGAAAUGUUAAAAAGGUCUUACUCUGUACCAUUAGAUACAAAUUCACCAAGUAAAAAAGGUAAUGAAAACAUGAAGAUGGCUGAAAACUUGGUGGCAGAUAAUCCAGAUACAAGCAGUUUACCUCAAAAUGGAUGUAUUUUACAGAGACUAAGGAAACAUCCCUUUAUGAAUAGGUCUAAAAAUCAAGCUUUAGUUCAGACACACCCACCAAAUGAAAAGCUAGAAAUAGCAUCAAGUUCAACAAGAUUGUGCAAUGAUAGUAUACAUGUAAGUGAUUUGAAAUCUUCAGAAACAAAAUUUAGUGAUAACACUGGAAGUCAUUUUGUGAAACCCAAUCUUAAAGAUUCUAAUUCUUGUCAAAGUAGUGUUGUUACAGUGAAAAGUAUAGAAGGAUCAGAAGUAAUAAGCAAAUCAAAGAUGUUAGCAGCAGUAAUUCAAAUAACUGACAGAAAACAAACUAGGACAAAAUCAAGUAGUUCUGAAAUUUCACCUUCAAAGAAAGAGGUAAUGGAAGAAUUAAAUAGGAAGUUGUCAGAAACGUCAAAUACAAUAUCAGCCUUGAAAAGACAGCUGUCAUUCAAAUCACACAUUAGCAAUCCUCAGAAAGCUACAAAUACCAAAAAGCAUGAAGAUGUUGUCAGAAAUGCUGUAAAAACUGAAGUAAUAAAGGAUUUCACAAAAGAAACAUCCAGUGCUAUUCAAAGUCAGCAGAAAAAUUCAGUUGAAACUAUUUCUACAGAUAAAGUACAUGAUAUGUCAGGUUUAAAUCCAGAGUGUGCUUAUAGGAAAAGUGAUUCAGAAACGGCUGAUGAUUUUACUUUCAAGUCUAGGUUUUCAUUGCAGAAAAGUUUGCCAAAGGAAACUAUGGUAACUAGUAACCCUUUGCUGUCUGAAACUGGUAUCAGAGAGUCUUUAGUGAAAAAUUUUAAGACCCCAAAAAUGCCAUUUAAAUCAAAAUAUAAACUGAGGCAAAAUAUGUCUGGACCGUCAUCUUCCAUUAUGCCAAAACAUCAUCAUGCACAUCAGGUAUCCAUUAAUUCAAAAUACAAAAUACAAAAAAAUGUAUUACCAGGUCAUAUGUCUAAUAGCUCAGGGAAUGAUUUACCUGUGUCUUCCAGCUCGGGGAACGUUUUACCAAAGUCUUCCAGGAUUCAAACUACAAACAUGAUAAAAUCCAAAUACAAACUUCAAAAAGUUUGUUCUCCAAAUUCAGCUAGCAAUAAUUUAUCAUUAUCUCACUGCAGUCAAAGGUCAAUGGGAGGAAAUCAAAGACCUGUAGUUUUUAAAUCAAAAUUCAAAAUAAGAAAACAAAAUUUAUCAACAGAAAUGAUAAAUCAUUGUACAUCAACAAAUAGCAACACACAAGUUGCUUCUAACAUUAUCAAGUCCAAGUACAAAUUAAGAAAGAUUGGUCAUAGUAACAGUUCAACACUGAAAUCAACAGCAAAUAACAAGAAACCAGUAUUUAAGUCUAAAUUUAUAUUUAAUGACAUGCCCACUGGCACAUAUACUGCUGGAGUUGAAAGUGGUCAGGGAUAUUCUGGUUGGUAUCAUAAAUCUUCAGGAAAUUCAUGGCAUCAACCAAAGAACCAGUUUUAUGGAUCCAGAUCACACAGGAGAAAGAUACUUCCAUGCAUGAGUAGUUACCAUGGCAAAGGCAGAAAUAAAUCCAAAUAUAACUACAAUAAUCAGUGGAUCCAUUCUAUACCCCAUAAGGGAAGAAACUGGACAUCAAAAUACAGAUUGGGUAAAGACAGAAAUAUGUACAAGUACAGUCGUCAGGAAAAUACGGUGAAAAGUCCAUUAUUAAUAAAUAAAAGAUAUGUACUGAAAAGACUGCAGAUGACAACAAAAAGUCCUACAAAUUACAAGAAAGUACAUACUACCAAGAACAGUAAAGAUAACAUGAAGAUGGUCAUUAUAAAUGGAAUGUUAUAUAAAUCUAGUGGACACAGUCUAGUGAAAACAAAUCAACAAAAGCUAAACAAUAAUCAAGUUGUUGUUAAAAAAAUGAAUACCUCAGCAAUGAAGAUAGUGAAAGUUCGAGGAAUCAAAUUCCAGAUGGAUGCUUCAGGGAAAACAUUGAAAAGGAUGGAUUCAAGUCCUGUUAAAUCUGAUAAUCAGAUCUCAAAACAAGGUGUAAAAUCUUCUGUGAACAGAAUUGAUAUAGGUGGAAUGACUUAUAUCCAGACAAAACCUGGAACAUUGGAACAAGUUUGGUCAAACAAAGCCAAAGUGAUUGCUAGCCGAGUGAAACACAGAAGUAUCCUUACUGUUGCAGCAAAGUAUAAGAAAGAUAAUACAAAGAAGAAAGUAGCCAAGAAAUACUGCAUGUUCUUUAACAGAUUUGGAAAGUGUGAAAGGGGGAAUAACUGUCCCUAUGUACAUGAUCCAGACAGAGUUGCUGUGUGUACAAGAUUUUUAAGGGGAACCUGUAAAGUAGACGAUUGUCUAUUUUCACAUAAAGUGGCCAAGGAGAAGAUGCCAACAUGUUCUUAUUUCCUGCGAGGAGUGUGUAACCGUGACAACUGUCCAUAUCUACACGUUAAUGUUAGUAAGACAGCUAAAGUUUGCCAAGAUUUUAUCAAAGGGUUUUGUCACCUGGGAGAAAAGUGUACAAAGAAGCACACAAUGACUUGCCCAUCUUAUUCAAAACUUGGUGUUUGUUCAGAAGUUAAGCCAUGUAAAUUAAAACAUAUCAAGAGAAAGCAAAGAAAUGUAUCAUUAGAUGGCAAAGAAACUAGAGAAAAAGAUAAACAACAAAAUCUACAAUCGAAAAGAAGACAUGAGGAAGAGAUUACAGAUGAGACUGAUAUUCCAUUCAAGCAAAGGAAGUUACCAGCUUUUAUUUCAAUAGUAUCUGAAAACAAUGAAAAGUCUGAUGAUGCUAAAAAGAAUGAAAAUGCAGUUUCAGUGAUUAAAAUCAGACCACAUCUUGGUUAAACAGACCUUUUAACAAUAAGAGAACUGUAGGACUACCUUCAUAAUCAAAAGUAGAUAUAUUUGUCUGUUUCAGGUGAAAGUGCAAUCGAAAGGGUAAACCACCUUCAAAUGAUUUAAAUCUUAAAUCAUUUGAAUGUGCCGCUUUUAUUUCCAGAACUUUUUUUCUUUAUGUUAUGCAUAUUUUAUUUUGUUAAAUAUUUAAAAGAUUUUAAUAAAGAAAUAAAUCUUA